CCAACACCAAGGCCACAUAGACAUCCCCUCCAUCCAACUCACUCUAUCUACCUCCUCCUCUACCUUGUCAAGCGUUUCAACAUGGGCGACCCCCAGUUUGCCAAGUACCCCAACCUCCAGCUCUCUCAACACGUCUUCCAGCUCACCAAUCCAUCCUCCCCGAAAGCCAGCAAGCAAGCUUCGCUCAAGUCCCUCCAAGAUGCCAUCCGAGAACACAAAAUGGCGCCUCUCUACAGGCAUCUGGCUCACCCUGUAGAAGGCAUCCUGAACGCAACGGGGGAAGGCACCGCGUCACAGCCCGCUGGCCACCGAAGACCCUCGUCCAGCGCCGCUACCUUUCUCGCAACGAAGAAUCCUACUCUCGAGGUCAACCUGCCAUGGGACGAGAAGCUAUACGAUGAGUUGAAGGCCGACAACGAGAAGGAGCUUGAGACUAUCCAGAAGGAGGAGGAUGAGGCGGCAGAGAAGGCUGGGGAGACGGAAGUGCAAACAGCUCGAGGAAAGCGGGCAGAAUACUACACGCGCAUCGGAGACAAGGAGAAAGCUAUUGCAGCAUACGAAGCUGUGUUCGAGAAGACCGGCAUUCUAGGCACCAAGAUCGACAUCGUGCUCGCAAUAAUACGCAUCGGUCUGUUCUUCGGGGACAAGAUACUCGUCAAGAAGACUGUAGAACGCGCCGGGACACUGGUGGAGAGUGGUGGUGACUGGGAUCGUCGAAAUCGCCUAAAGGCAUACCAAGGGCUGCACCUGCUCACCAUUCGAUCACAUGCUCAAGCCGCACCCCUUCUUCUCGACAGUCUAUCUACAUUUACCAGCUACGAGCUAUGCAACUACUCCGCGCUAGUCGUUUACGCCGUCCUUGCUGGUGCCGUGUCAUUGAAACGAGUCGACUUCAAGUCGAAGGUUGUCGAUGCGCCAGAGAUCAAGGCAAUCCUGGGUGAUGGGGAUGAAAAAUCAUCUGCGCUUUCUGGAAAGACGUCCGCAGGCGCAGGUGCUGGCGAUGAGGAGAUGCAAGAUGGGCCUGCUUCUUCUGCAAUCCCGCACGCAGCUGUCAAUCUGACCACCAUCGGCCAGUCGGAGGCAGAGCAACAAGAUGCUGAAGCGCCCGUCGAUUUCACGGGGCUCGCCACAUUGGUUAGCAGUCUCUACAACGGAAACUACAAAGACUUCUUCGGAGCUCUGGCAUCGGUCGAGGAUGCGUUCCUCAGCCAGGACCGAUACCUGUACGAGCAUAAGAGUUGGUUUGUGCGGGAGAUGCGACUACGAGGCUAUCAACAGCUUCUCCAGAGCUACAGAGUGGUUGGCCUGACCAGCAUGGCCAAUGACUUCGGAGUGACAAUCGAUUUCCUGGACAGGGAUCUUGCCAAGUUCAUUGCAGCAGACAGGAUACCCUGCACCAUCGAUCGCGUCAAGGGCAUCAUCGAGACGAACAGACCAGACGACAAGAACAAGCAAUACUCAGACGUGGUCAAGCAGGGCGACCAGCUCAUCACGAAGCUCCAGAAAUACGGACAGGCGGUCCGGCUAAGAGGAAGUGAGAGGGGUUAGGCCGGCAAUUGGCUACAAUGUGGAUCAUGGAGCAUGCAAGUGAGCUUGUAUAAUGUAGACAUAGACCAACAACGCAUCCACGCGCUACGACCCCGAGUCUAGCAAUGAAGCUUCUCAUGACUCCCUCAAGAUGUGCUCUUGGUCUACACAAGCUCUU